GAAAACAAGGAAAACAAGCUGCAAGGUUGGUCCGGAGUCGGGUAUCGGGUUGUUACUGCUGUUUUAGCGUGUGAUGAAUCACUGCUGAUGUCAUCAGCACUUCGUAUAAUAUAGGCGGCCGGUUUUUUACAGUUUUAAAGUGUUUCUAUCCCUAUAGUGCGUAAAUUUUUGUGAUUUUUACUGACUUAAUAUUUCAUAAUCGAAUAAAAUGGAUAACGAUAGUUUUUUUACACAGCCGAUCAAAGCCGAUUCACAUGAUAACAACCACUCCCAUCAGCAUAAAGCAGAAAAGGCGAAGAAUGACUUAUUAGAUUCGCCUGACGACUUCGAGCAUUUGGUCAGUGACAGUUCUUCUCGCGAAGAGGCUGAUAAGUCGGAUGUCAAUGAUAUUUUGGGAGAUUUUACUUCAGCGGCACGUGACUUUGCGGCGGAGAUCAAUAAAGAAGCGGACAAGGUCGUCGAAGACAUAUUCGACCCUCUAAAAAGAACUGCACCCUCUGACGUACCAGUUGCUGAGUUGAAUUUACUUGAAAUGGGCGAUACCGUUCCAGAUAAACGCGUCGAACAUAAACUUGAUACUUUUUUGAGCGAAUUUAAGACCGAUUCCGGUUUCCAAAAGACCGAUCAUCACAAUACUAUCGAAGGUGAUAAAAACCCGGGUCUCUUUGAAGAGAUAAAAGCGUCCACGCAAAAUUUCAUGGAUUUCGAACGUGAAAAUAUGCCCCAGGAUUUUGCAUACAGUACAAGAGGAAUCUCAGUAACAGGCGACAAACUAGACGAUUUUGGAGUAAAGUCAGUUCUGACAGAUCCGAUCAUUAGUCAUAAGAUUAAGGAUAAAGAGGGUGAAAGUGAAUUGCACAAAGAUUUAUCAGGUUCUUUUAGUCCUUCUAAAGUUGCGCCACAUUUAGAUGAGCCAUUAAAACCGUCUGCCCCUGCAAGUUUUGAAGAAAAUGAAAAGAGCAAGACAGUUACCCAAGAAAAGGAAAAGAGCAAAAUAAUUAUUGAAGAAAAACCUAAACUGAUUGAAACUGAAGUAGAAAAAAGCAUUAGGGAACUGAAAAAAUCGGUGGAAGAUGUGAAAGUUAUCGACCAGAAAAAAAGUGAACUGACCAAAAAAACCAACGAAAAACAAGAAGAAAAAACCAAAGAAACGAAACCAGUUUCAGAAAAGCAACGACUUGAAAAACAGCUUGACAACAAAACCAAAUUGGAAGCAGAAGCUUUGUUCUGCAACUUAGGACUAGAUGCAUGGUUUCGUCCAAAUCAACUUAAUCCUAGAGUGGAGAGUCUGAUUUAUUGGAGAGACCCUAAGAAGUCUGGUCCCGUUUUUGCAGGCGUCUUAAUCGUUUUAUUAGCCCUCACCUACUUCUCUCUUAUCAGCGUUGUUGCUUAUCUAUCAUUAUUGAUAUUAACCGGGACGAUUUCAUUCCGAAUAUACAAAAACAUUGUACAGGCCGUUCAAAAAACUGGCGAUGGACAUCCAUUCAAAGAAAUAUUGGAGGCUGAAGUUGGACUUCCACAAGACAAAACGAAGGAAGUCUCCGAGGUAAUCGUGGCGAAUUUGAAUGGGGUCUUGCACGAGUUGCGUAGGCUGUUUCUUGUUGAAGAUCUGGUCGAUUCCAUAAAGUUUGCCGUCUUUUUAUGGUGUAUGACUUAUCUAGGAGCAUGGUUUAAUGGCAUGACCCUGGUCAUUAUUUCUUGGGUCGCACUUUUCACGCUUCCGAAAGUUUAUGAAAUGAACAAAACCCAAAUCGACAACAAUCUCCAGCUUGUCAAGUCGAAAUUGGCCGAAUUUACAUCCAAAGUGAAGGCUGCAAUUCCAAUUGGCAAGAAGGAAGAGAAGAAGGAUCAGUAAAUUAGUCGCUGUAAUUUUAUAAAUUCAUUUCGCAUAUAAAUAUAAUGCAUGUAUGUACGUAUCACACACACAUAUAAUUCAAAAUUUUGACGAAUAUUAUCGAGAGAAUGCGCGUGAAAUGUUGCACUUUUUUUUUCCAAAUGCAACAAAGGCAGGAGGCUACUAUUGAUUGAAUGGCUACCACUGUAUUAAGAAGUUUUUUAUUACUAAUAAAUUAUUCGAAGAUUUUAUUAAAUUUAAAGUAAUCUUUCCUUUGUUCGUUCGUUGUGCUCGACUGUCGUCUUGUGGCUAUAAAAUUGCUAUCAUUCGUAUUUGUCCUUCACCCAUGUCUUGAUACAAAUAUAAUUUAUACAGUAACUGAA